GAUGCAGGAUAGAGUUGCAACUUUAGGUUACAACUCUCAUCCCCCCUCCCCUUCAUUCAUAAAAUUUACCUCCUCUCUUCCUCCUCCUCAUUCUUUCUGUAAUUAAUUUCUAUCCUAUAAACACAAAAAAUAUAUGUUUCUUUCGACAAUCAAGUUACCAUUACAAUUUUUUGAUUGAUUUUACACCUUGAAGACAUCAAUCAACCAUUACAAUCAAUUUAUUGAAGUUACAUUCCGGAGACAAUUAUCAAAAUAUCAUUCAGAGAAUGCAAAAAACAGAUGAUAAUAAUGAGAAUAUUCCAACAUCCCCUAGUCGAAUGUCAUCAUUGCAAAUUCAAAAUCAAGAACCUAUUUCAUCACAAUGUUCAUUGCCUCAAGCUCCAAUUCAAAGACCAAAAAAUAUUACACAAGGAGAUAUUUUAUCGCAACCACCACCGCCACCUCAAUCACAAAAUUUAAUUCAUGAAAAUCCAUCCCCGUCAUCGUUACAAAAUUCAAUGCAUGCAUCUCAUUCAGCGAUACCAACAACAACAACAACAACAAUUAUGUCGCAUUUGGUAUCACCAUCACCAAAAGUUCCUUCUGAACCCCCCUCGCCAGCACGAUUAUCAUCAUCAUCAACACAAAUACCGUGGCCCGGAUCUCCUCCAUUUAUUCCAUCACAACAACAACCACCUAUAUGUCACCAAUCCUCAAUUAUGCCAUAUUACCCACCAAUAGGGGUGCCACCACCAUUUCCAUACUUCCCUAUGCCCUAUCCUGGUGACCAAUUUCAUUACCCAAUGAUCCUUGCAAAUAAUGGUCAGAUUUAUAGUCAGCCCUGGUCAACAGGUCUUUUUGAUUGUUUUUCAGACCUCAAGAAUUGUUUUAUUACAUGUUUAUGUCCCUGCGUUACCUUUGGGCAAGUGGAUGAGAUUCUAUCUGAAGGGUCAAUGACUUGGUGGGAAGGUGCGUUAAUGUUCGGAAUUCUAGAUACACUAUGCGUCAGUCAAGCAUCAUUCAUUUUUGCAUGGUAUCAUCGUGUGCAAUUCAGGAAAAAAUACAAUUUGAUGGGUAAUCUCUUGAGUGAGUUUGCAAUUACUCUCUGUUGCAUGAGACUGGUCCUAUGUCAGAAUUAUCGUCAGCUUAACAAACUCGGGUUUGAUGUAGCCCUAGGAUGGAAAGCAAAUAAGAAGAAACAAAGAAGAAUAGCAAGCCAAGGUGCUGUACAAUUUGUGCCACCAAUGACUAAUCCUGGGAUGUUUAGAUGAACAGAGAUUAAUGGCUGAUUGCUGCACACUAGUCAUUCGUCGUGCAUAUUAAUCAAUGUCCCAUCUUGAUCGUUUGACAAGACAAAGAAGUGAUUAAAAUAUUAUAGAUUUUAUUGCUUAACAACAUUGCAUGGUACAAAAGGAGGGAUUUUUUUAUCCAAGUUGACAAUAGUAUAUAAAGCAUUAGUCAUUAGAUUUAUAAUAAAGGCAGCAGUAACAUGCAUUUCAAUUGUUGAAUUCUUCACAUUGAAGAAUCUAUAUGCUAUGUACCCAAUUUUUGGAAAUUAAACGGGAUGUGUCAUGCUCCUUUUCUAUAACUUAUUACUUUGAUCAGAUGAAGUUAC